AUGGACCUUGCAAAGGCUCAAUUCAGUCGCUUGCGAGACUAUGUCUUCUAUAAUCGCAACCCUAUUGUCCAGAUCGUAUACUUUGUAGCCAUGAGCUCGUGCUAUUCCCUCUACCUUCGUGAAGCUCACCCGCUGUUACCAAACGAAUACGUUGCGUGGUAUCACAAAUGGGUGGGGACGUUACUAUUUGUAGCGUCCAUGGCGAUGUACGUGGUCAUGUGCGUGAGCGAUCCCGGAGUUAUUCGGAGUGACAACAUUCAAGAGUUAAAGCAGUACGUGAACCACCCAGUGAUGUACCCCGAGAUGAAGUACUGUCGGACGUGCAAGACGUUAAAACUGCCACGGUCGAAGCAUUGUUGCAUGUGCGAUCAUUGUGUUGGCAGAUUCGACCACCAUUGCAUUUGGUUCAACGGGUGUGUUGGCGAAAAGAACUACAAGUACUUUCUGGUGUACUUAGUGGCCCAGCUUGCAGUCUGUCUUGAAGGUCUUUUCAUCACCAGCAGCGUUUUUCUUGUCCAGACUAGCGACUUGCUCCUCUCUCGGGGUGUAAGCAUGGACGAGGUUGACAGAGCAGAGAUUGCAAAGAUCUUGCAGUCUGUGAUCGCGAACAACCAAGCGUUGGGUUUCGUCUCGGCCAUGUGCCUCAUGACCAGCGUCAUUCUCUGGGUGUUCAUCCUGAUGCAGCUGAAGCGCAUUGCCCAGAACGAAACAGCGAACGAAUCGUUCAAACGCGAAGAUCUGCGCGAGGAAGCGGAACUCGACGGCGAGACGUCAAGUCGCCAAAUAUUUCGCUUUCUGUACAAGCGGCUAACCUUCCGGCAGCGUCCAAAGUCGUCAGUGCCGCGUCGUGAGCUCGAAACGACAUUGGACGCAUCGUGGGGAGGUCUCUUUUCACCAGACACCAUCCUGAACACUGAAGCAAGUUACUCUGUGGACGACGUGAACUUCAACCCGUACAAACUCGACUCGUUCAAGGCAAACCUGUUCGACGCGCUUUGCUUCAGCAGCAGCUGCACCAAGGAAAAAACGAAUUGA